GUCAGUGAGGGCGAUGUUUCAUUAUGUCCAGGCGAAAGCACGUUUAGAAGAAGAGAUACUUUUGCUCACGUUUCUACUGUGUGUGUGUGUGUGUGUGUGAAGUUGCUUGCUGGUUCAUGUUGAAAUAAGGUUGUCGACUGUGGAGGUUUACCAUGGCAUCACGGUCAGGACCGCGCGCUACAGGAACAGACGGAAGUGACUUUCAACACCGCGAGCGCGUGGCGUCACACUAUCAGAUGAGUGUGGCCCUGAAGUCUGAGAUCAAGAAGCUGAACAUCGCUCAUGCUGUGGUCUGGUUGCUUGUAGCAGCACAGGUGGUGGUCAGUCAGCUGAACUUAGUAUCCCAUAAAGUGGUGGCCUCGCCGUACAAAUGGGAAUACAUGUAUCUUCUGAGCAUCAUACCUACGGUCUUCAGUUUCAUGGCUUUGCCAAAAAACAACAUCAGUUACCUGGUCAUCUCAAUGAUCAGCGCUGGGCUUUUUUGUGCCGGUCCUAUUCUUUAUGGAGGGAUGGAGAUGUUCCCUGUGGCUCAGCAGCUUUAUCGGCACGGCAAAGCUUAUAGGUUCAUCUUUGGUUUUUCUGCUGUCUCUAUAAUGUACUUAGUUUUGAUUAUUUCACUUCAAGUGCAUGGCUGGCAGAUCUACUACAGCAAAAAGCUGCUGGAUGCCUGGUUCACCAGCACACAAGAUAAGAAGAAGAAAUAAGAGACUGCUGGAGAAAAAUAGUUUGUCAGCUGCUUAUUUGUGUCUUUAUUUUCUCUUCCUGAUGGCUCUUCAAUCACAUCAGUUUUUAUGAUUACCUGACUUAAGUGUUUUGAGCCUAUGAGGAGAUCAGAUUCGUUAAAGGAUGUUUGUUGUCAAUCUUCUCAUCCACUGGGUCUUAGCCCAGAUCAAGACGUCACUGUUGUCCGUUUCUGCUUAGAUUUGAACUGCUGGCUUUGUAAUCUCUUUCUGAUUUUCCACCACAAUUGAACAUGCUGUUUAACAGAUCCCUCGAGUUGUAUUCAUAAGGAAUUCAUUGGGAUCUAAGCAAUCUAGGAAAUGUAACCUCAGUGAUGAGGAAUCAGAUGAUGUGUGAAGAACCACAGCAAAAGUCCAUUUACUAAGAUAGUGUACGUCAUAUAUUCUGCUCUUUUCCACUAAUCAGCUUUCAAUAAAAUAAUCAGAAUUU